AACAGUAACACGGUUUCAUUUAAAUAUUUUAUUAAUUAAAAUUCUUGUCACAUGCACAUCAAACGACUCUUUCCUUAAUCAUUAGGUAAACUCAAAACUAUAAAUACGCACGCUUCAAACAAAUCAUUCCAUCAAUCAGUUCCCACAACAAAAAAAAAAAAAAAGUUACAAUCUUAUUUCAUACCAAAAACAAACAUGGCAUCGACUUCAUUCCUACAAACUUUUGACCCGUUUUCCAAGACCCGGCCAACAAUAAAAUAUUCGAGCUUGAGCUCGAACUCGAAGUCGAGGCGAGGCGUGGCGGGAGUGAGGGUCCGUGCGAUGAGGAGAGAAGCCCACAACCACGAGUCGAGGGGGAGGGUGGUGGACGAGAACAUGAUCGUUUUGCGAAAGCGGAUCCACGAGAUGAAGAUGAUGGAGGCUGACUGCGAGCUGCCGAGAGAAUGGAUGGAGUGGGAGAGGCGGGUGUACGUGAGCUAUGAUGCGAUCAUCUGCGACGCGAUGGGCCAUCUGCAGUCUUAUUUGAUGGAGACCAGGCCCAGCUUCGCGCUUGCCAUGCUUGUACUCCUCGCAUUGAGCGUGCCUACCUCCACGGCUCUGCUCAUCUACAAUUUCCUCGCCUUUGGCAAUGCUGUUUUCUCUGGGAUUCAUCUGGGCUAAUAACUCAGAUUAAAUAUUAUGACGAUUCUUCAUUUUAUUUAGCAUUGACCUUUUCCUUCUUCUUUUUGGUGAGGGUGUUAUAUUAGGGAGGUUCAUAUAUUGUUGUAUAGAUGCAAUGUGCAAAACUCUGUUCUCUUUAUUCUCAGACAAAAGAAAAAAAUAUAUUCUUUGAUUCA